AUGCAGCAAUUGGGGUCAGAAAUUGUACAUCAAUAUGUUGGUCAUGAGCCAAGUGGAAGGAAUUUCAAUGAAGUCUGCCUUGAUCUAGAUAAAACUUUCCUACUGCUGAACUAUUUCGGAGGUAACUCCUUUGCAGAUAAACCACACAACCCAAUGAUCAACACUGGUGCAAUAGUAAUAUGUUCACUAUUUCAGACCAUGGUUGGAACUGGUUUGUCUACAGAAAAGCAACUAGGAGUUAUAAUGGAGCAUAUUCGCAAAAUGGCUGGAGGAGAGUAUAUUGGAUACAAUAAUACAGUUUACAUGUCUGAAUUGAAGACAGGAGACCGAAAUUAUUCUUUAGGUUAUUACAUGAAAGACCAUGCCUGUUUUCCAGAAAAUACUGAUCUGCAAGAGUGCAUGUCUUUAUAUUUUCGGACAUGUUGUGUAGAAGCGAACUGUGAAAGUCUGUCAGUGAUUGCUGCUACAAUGGCCAAUGGAGGCAUAUGUCCCAUAACAGAUCAGAGAAUACUUGAUUCUCAUGUAGUAAGAGAUGUGCUCUCUAUUAUGCAUACCUGUGGUAUGUACAAUUACUCUGGACGAUUUGCAUUUGAGGUUGGACUACCAGCUAAAUCAAGUGUGAGUGGAGCAAUGAUACUUGUUGUACCAAAUGUCAUGGGUGUUUCUAUGUUUGCUCCACCUAUUGACCACUAUGGAAACAGUGUAAAAUGUAGAACAUUUUGUGAGGAACUUCUAAGAGAAUACACAUUUCAUCCAUAUGAGCAACUUGGACAUGCAAUAGUCAAUAAAAAACACCCUCUAAAAUUGCAAACAGGAUUAGAUGAAAUGAGUAUAAUAAAAUUACUCUUUUAUGCUGCAAUGGGAGAUUUGCUAGCACUAAAAAGGUAUAGUAAUAAACUAAAAUUAUUAACAAGUCUUUGUUUCUCAAUAUGA